GAGAUAUUCAUCACAGAAGUAAAAGUCUUUAUCGCCCCUCUGCCUCCUAAUCCACUCCCCCCGGAACGAGAAAAGGCGGAACCCUAACCUUCCAGUUGCCGCCGGCGAAAACCCUAGAAGCCGUCUCUCCUCGCACCCCCCAAGCAAAUGCUGGGGAGGGGUCGAGGCCGGGGCCGUGGAGGCGGGGGCAGGGGGAGAUUCGUCGGCGGAAGGGGUGACGGUUCGCCCCGUCUCGGUGCCCGCGAUGAGCCACCGCUGCCACCACGGCGCUCCUCUGGGUGGGGCGUGGCGCCGCCGUCUCGGCACCUGUGGGUGGGGAGCUUGGGCUCCGGUGUCACGGUUUCCGACCUUUCCGAGCUGUUCCUUCGGUGUGGCGAGAUCGAAGGCAUCACCCGCGACCCUGGUCGGAGCUUCGCCUUCGUGAGCUUCAUGAGGGAGCAUGAGGCGGUCGCGGCGGUACGGGAGCUGCAGGGGACCCGGCUCCGCGGGGCGCCCAUUAGGAUCGAGUUUUCCAAGGGGGAUAAGUCUUCCGGUAGCUCUAUGGAUGACAGAUAUACUCAAUAUGCUGAUGAGAGACAUUUUGUCGAACGUGGAAGAAAACAGCAACUGAGCCCUGAACAAUCAAUUGAUAAAUCUAAAAGAAAUAAGUCUACAGAACCUAGUGAGGUGUUAUGGAUAGGAUUUCCUGCUGGUCUAAAGGUAGAUGAAACAGCUCUGUGGGAAGCCUUUUCAUCUUUUGGCGAGAUUGUGAAGAUAACAUCAUUCCCUGGCCGUACCUAUGCAUUUGUUAAGUAUACUUCCAUUGCCGCGGCAUGCAAGGCAAAAGAAGCACUUCAGGGGAGGCUUUUCAAUAAUCCACGAGUAAGCAUAUGCUUUUCCCGUAAUGAAGGUGUUGCAGCAGAAGCUGGAAAAGGUUCCUUUGUUCCCCCGUAUUCCCCCCGUUUAAACCCUAGUGCUCGGUCUAUCUUUGAAGAACAGGAUUCUGAAGCCUUUCCCAGGCCUAGGCCUUUCGAUAGUCCUCCAAGAGAUUUGCACAUGUCAUCACAUUUUGGUCCUGAAAGAUUACUGAGAGAUGCUGGUGAUCGGGGCUUCAGCAGGGAUAAUUAUUUUUGGCAUGGACCUGAAAUAGAGCCUGGUCCUGUUUCUAAUUUUGAACCUUUUAGGAAGCUAGGGUUGGGUCCAGAAAGGAGGAUAUCUGAGGAUCUAUAUGAACAACAUAGAAGUAGCCCUGCUGUUAGGAGUGAUGCACCAUGGCACAAUAUUCCUUUUGAACGAUCUCGGAGACCCUUACCAUUGGAGGAUUCUUGGGAUGCAGAGGAUAAUUCGUACCCAUUUUCAAAGAAGCCGAGGACUGGUGAACAUGAUGCUGAACUUCCCGAAUAUCCUUUCGCUGAGUUUGAACGAAGACAUGUUUCUGGCUACCCAAGGAGGCCCAUCUAUGACCUGCCAGAGGAUGAUACAUACCCCAUAAAUUAUCAACCUACCCCUGUGCAUGGUAGAAAUUACAUUGAUCCUUUAAGGAAUCCAAUCCCACUUGUAGAUAGACAUGAACCAUGGCUUUCGCAGAACAGUUUUGCUACGCAGUCAGGAGAAGUAGACAGAACAACUCCUGAACACCAUGGAUCCCUUCCCCUUCCUAAGGAAGAAUGGAAAUGGAAUGGUACAAUAGCAAAGGGAGGUGCACCAAUAUGCCGAGCUCGGUGCUUCCCUGUCGGAAAGGUUCUUAACUUCAUGCUGCCCGAGUUUUUGAAUUGCACUGCUAGGACAAAUCUGGAGAUGCUUUCUAAGCACUACUAUGAAGCCGCUAGCAGUUGGGUCGUGUUUUUCGUUCCAGAAAAUGAUGCUGACAUUUCAGCUUAUAAUGAUUUCAUGAACUACCUUGGUGAUAAGCAGCGUGCAGCAGUUUGUAAACUUGGAGAAAGGAGCACCUUGUUCCUUGUUCCACCUUCAGACUUUUCUGAGCAAGUGUUGAGGGUGCCAGGAAAAGUGAGCAUAUCUGGAGUCAUUUUGAAGUUUCAGCAGGCAAAUCCAGACUUAACCUCAACAAAUCACCAAGUAGAAGCACUUGAAAAACUGCCCCCAUCUUUUGUGACUCAUUUGAACACUGAUGUGUGUAGUCAUGAAGAUCGAGAUGCAUCGAGAAGACACAACCCUCCAGAUAUCAGGACACUUAAUCAGGAUCCAGAUUAUCUCCGGUCCUCAACUGGAAUAAGUACUCCUGCAAGUACAGAUUUUAUUCCACCCUACAAGUUUGCAAAUGCUCCUCCAUAUCUGGGCUCUCAGUUACCUCAACAAGUGCCAGCACCAGAUUCCCACAGGGAGAUAAGACAUGACCAGCACCAGCGAUCGCCAAACAUGUGGUCCUCAGGAUGGUCCAAUAACAAUGACCCAAGUCCAGGGUCUGGUAAUUUCAAUUCUUUAGCUACGACUGCAAUCUCACAUACAGUAAAUGACAUGAAACGAGAGCCGUACUCAUUGGCUACUCAGGGAGUACCAGCAAAAGGGACACCAUCAGGGUAUGCACCUGGUGAAGCAUCAAGCAUGUCCUUGCUUUCCAUGGAACCGCCAUCACACCAGGCAGUAAGACCUCAACAACCUCCAUCUCUCCCAGUAUCUCUUCCUCCAGAGCACCUUGCACAACUGGCCACUCAUAUCGCCCAACAAAAGCAACAAGGAAUAGAAGCUGGUUUCCCUGUAGGCAGCUCGAACACACAAUCAGGAUACAUGCAGAACUCCAAUCCACAUGGGCAUGCUUUAGUGAUGCCAGACAGCUCAGUUUCUGUACACAACUCGCUGUUACCAGGUGCACCAUCUGUACCGUCGCAAUUACAGCUCCAUGUUCCGCCAAUACAAGCUCAUUCUUCGAUGCCAUUGGGAUCAUUUGUUCCUCCGCUUCCAGAAGGUCCUCCCCCCUUUCGGCAGCUCACAUCAGGCGCUGCCUCAGUACAACCUUUGCUUUCUUCUGGCCAGCAGACUGGCCAGCAACUGCCUGCUCAGGAAGACCUUGGCGGAGAUCCUCAAAAGCGCCUUCAAGCAACAUUGCAGUUGGCAGCAACCCUCCUUCAGCAGAUACAGAAACAAUCAAAACCUGGUGGCCAGAAUUAGAUAUGAGGUUAUUCCUCAUAUUGGCACAUAAGUACCAUGUCGUGUGUAUGCCUGCCUACCAACAGUAUGGAACUGCUUGUUGAGCUUAUGGUUUAGUGGCAUCGCUUUUUGGUUGUAACAGUUGCAUCCUCAUGGGCUAUUUGAUGAUGUCUGAAUUCUAGAAUUCCGUAUGUUUUUCUUUAGCCCGUUUAUUACACCCUUGACAUGGAUAUACAAAAAUCUAAUUCGCACCAAGUGUUCUGUUGACAUGGCUUCUCUUAUCAAUUUAUACAGUCCACUUUGUUGUUUUCUUUUUAUAA